AUGUCUGCCUUGGUCCUCAGCUUGUUAUCUUUUGGCGCUCUGACUUGUGUUCUUAUCGCCUCCAACGGACAACCGCUAUCACGGUGGACAAUGCCAUUCAUUACGAUCAACGCCAUCGUAUCCAUCCUCGCAGGGGUUUCGAAAGCCUGUCUUGCAUUUUCGAUCAAUAUAUGCCUGUCACAAAUGAAAUGGAAUUGGUACAACCAGUCAUCACAGCCGCUUGUCGAUUUUGAUCGAUUAGAUGCUUCUAGUCGAGGUGCUUGGGGUGGUUUGCGUGUGUUGAAGUCAUGCAUCCGGCGGCCAAACUGGGCUGCUCUGGGUGCUCUUGCAACCAUUGCUUUAUUGGCAUUUGAACCCUUUACACAAGCUAUCCUGGCUUCUGAAGACCGGGAGCUUGUCCUAAAGCCCAAAGAAUACGCUGAACUGGCUCGAAAGAAUAACCAGUCGAUCGACUCUGCUCCCUCCAUUGGCAGGACCACUCGACUAAACGCAGGGUCUUGGAUUGGGUUCAGGGGGGCAGAGAAUGGCGUGGGCCGAUUCCCUGUCAACCCGGGUAAUACCACACACUACUACGUGUCAUUCUUAACGACAUCUAAUAUCCAAAGCGACAUGGGGCUGAAAGCAGCUCUUUGGAGUGGCUUUUCACCUCUGACUUCAUCUCAGAAUCUGAAACCUGCUUAUACAUGUCUCUCCGGCAAUUGCUCUUGGGCCGAUUUUGCGUCUGUUGCAGUCUGCCACAAGUGCCACGAUCUAUCUCAGCAUGUGGUUAGAACGAUAGGAACGGACAAAGUACCGGGUCUCAGCAUGCCGCCUGCAAAAUGGGAGCCCAACAGCACCCUUCCUGAUAUCAGCAACCAAUGGCCCGCUGCUAAUUGGUGGCAAACGAAUCAGAGCCUGACACAUACAAAGUACAAGAUCGCAAGCAUGAAUUUAAGCUUGUCCAACUACGACGGAAAAGCAAGUUGCACAUCUAAAAGCGACAAUUGCCCUGAUACCUAUUUAUCAUCAAGAUUCACGACGAACCCAGGACAGACCCUGAAUUUCCAAAAUCACGAUACUUUAAUCAUGGCUAUGCAAUACCUCAAAUCAAACAAAAGUUGGUCUGACGGUAAAACGAUAUGGGAAGAGACGGGUAUCACUUCGCAAGAGUGUGCUUUGUUCUUUUGUGUCAAUGAGUAUCACGACGUGCUAUCACAAGGCUCUUUGCAAGAGACCGUCGUCGCCUCUUUCAUUGAUAGAACCACAGAAUCCUAUACGCCAGAAGAAGAUGACCCGAUGGUGGAAGAAUUCUUCAGAUAUACAAACUACAGUCUUGAUAUGGGCAACAGACUGGUAAACCUGUCAGAUCUGCAGAUAAAGAUACCUGACGAGUACUUUCGCACGUCAAACCUCUCAACACAGGCAUUUAAUAUCACACAGACCACCAUCCUUUCACUUCUUAGCAAUCUGAACGAGGGACUUUGGGGUUAUAACACAGGUACUACCUAUCAGUUUAUGGCUCCGUGGAGGCUUAUUUACCCGGGUCGUGGUGCUGGAGGAUUUUCUAGCUUGAUGGUUGGGCUUGGGGAGUCCCAUGAUAUACCUUCAACAAUUGAGAACGUGGCACUGAGCUUGACGAAAUGGAUGAGAGAUCGCGACCUCGAUGAUCCAGAGAAAGGAACAUCUACAGCCAACGCCACUAUUAUACAUAUCCGCUGGUAUUUCUUUAUUUUUCCCAUUGUCAAUUUCGUGGCGGGCGUAAUCUUUACUGUUCUGUGUAUAUGGGAAACACAGCGUUCAGGAAGGCCAGUUUGGAAGGAUAGUAUUCUAGCAACACUCUCUUGUGCACCAGAUGGGGAUCUAAGAAAAAUGCUUAGAGAAGCAGCAGGGAUGGACAAGUUACAAGACCUCAGUAGGAGUCUGGUGGUUACUUGGCAUAAGGAUGAGGGCGUUGGGCAUCUGAAAGAGACAUAG